AUGGAUUCUUCAUCUGGUGUCUGCCUUUCAAGUGGUUCCCAUUGCAUAAUGAUGUUGGUUUGAACAAGGCUGAUUUAGGGUUUGUUGGGGCAGUGGCUCUGGCAAAGGCUGAUAGCAGCCAGUACAGAUUAUUUGACGCGUCUUAUCACUUGUCAACAAGAAGUCAGACAAAAAGUUAGUCUUUGCAUGCAAAUUCUUUUUUGAUUUAGUCUUUUGAUGUAGAACCCACAGGUUAGAUUGUUGUAUUCACCUCCCACAGCUCAAUCACUGCUGCUGUUAGUUACUUUAUAACAGGAAUCGAGUGCUUUGCGACUAAUGAUCACAAGUCCCCAGAUCGUAUCACUGACCUUGGUACUUAUGACACCCAACCCCCAUCCUGUGGGUCAAUAAUUGAAUCCAUCUAGACAUCUAAACAUAUGGCAAGGCCCUCAUGACACCCCUUCCUUAACCCCAAAUAACCCUGCUGUUACCCCCAAACAUCACUUCUGCUGCUGCUGACUCUCACCCUCCCUUUGUCAAUCAACACUUGCUUGAGUGAACCCACCCCCAUGGUUAGGGAUUAAUAUCCAGACAGACAGCUGAUUGGUUGCCAGGACAGGGACAGGACAUGAUUGGCAGGAGCUACAUAUAGGGGCUGACAGGAAGGGCUGUUUGAAAGGUGAGAGUGGGGAUGGAUUGACAGAGCAGCCAAGAGAUGAACAGGGAAAGACUUCUGUGAAAGUUCUAACAAGGUGUCUAUGAAGGAAGCAGGAGAUGGUCUCCAUGCUCAGAUGAACUCAAUGAUGGGGGCUCUUCAGGAACUCAAGCUUCUACAGGUGCAGACAGCGCUGGAGCGACUGGAUAUCUCAGGGAAGCCCAUCCAAAGGGCGGCCCCACCACCAGCAUCAGGCACAUCAUGCCCUGGCCCUGACCUUACCCCGGACCCUGACCUUACCCCGGGCCCUGACCUUACCCUUGAUGAGAGCCCCAGGCCCCCCUUAGUCAGGAUGACCAGGCUGGAAAAGGAGGAGCGGCAGAGCCAGAGGGGGAAUCGGAGCAGCCUAAGCACCUGGCCGUCCAGCUCCAGCCUGGAGACGGUAGAGAGCGAGAGCCGGCCUCUCCCCCGCAGAGUGUCCGGUUACACCGCCCCACAGGUGGAGUACUGCGGCCCACGUCUUAGCCAAGCGUUCUCAGAGCAUCACCAGUAUCAUCAGUCGACCCACCCGGCCCAGGUUAUGGAUCUGCCCGGCAUCCUCUACAGCCUGUCCAGGGAAGGCCCUUCACUGGACAGCGACUACUCCCAGGACAGCGCGGACGACUCCAGCGACUGGACCUCGUCGCUCAUGAGCCAAAGCCGCAACCGGCAACCCCUGGUGCUGGGGGAUAAUGUUUUCGCCGACCUUGUGGGCAACUGGCUGGACCUGCCUGAGCUGGAGCGCGAGGAGACGGUCAGUGGCGUCUGCGCGGGGGCUCAGGGAGACGACAGGCCUGACUCCCCGGCCCACCCACUCCGCCUCAGCCGCUCCCAGGAGAUCUGCCGGAAGUUCUCCCUGACCACCAACAUCUUCAAGAAGUUCCUGCGCAGUGUCAGGCCCGACCGCGACAAGCUCCUGAAGGAGAGACCGGGCUGGACAGUCCCAGAGAACCAGGAGGCGGAGCUCUUCAAGAGGCCCAAGAAAGCGGGCCAGCAGCAGACCAAGGGGAGCUUCUACCUCCCAUUCUGGGCCGGCGCGUCAGGACAGCAGCAGCACAGCAGGGGUAGGUCACGUCCCCAGCUGCCUGGAGAGGAACAGAGCCAUGGCCAGGUCACCAGGCUGUACAUAGACAGGGGACAGGAGUGGAGACAAGAGGCCAGAGCAGAGAAACUACAGCCCUUGUUUGACUACAACACGGCUGUGUGGGUCUGAGGCUCUAGGAAGCUGGGGUGGCAGCAGGUGUUGUGGAUUUUGGCUGAGAGCCGUGGUGGGUGGGUGAAAACAAGGAGGUUUGUGUACCCUUCCUUCUCGUUGUACCCUACUGGGGGAUGAGUAGGCAGACUGUUCUGAACAGAAAUAUUAUCAGGGUGAGGUUUUUCCCCCCCGACAAUCCUGACGGCGAGAGCGAGCUGGACUUUCUCUUGAAGACUGAUUCCCCUGUAUUUCCUCCACAAGUGCCCUGGACUAUGCGAUAGACGGUACUUCAAUGUGGGUACAGUACUCAGAAAUGCUCAGAACCUCAUCACCUGUCUAACCCCGUAACCCUGUUUUACUACGUCCACACAAUUGUAGCUCCACCCUUCGUAUCUCAAGCGUCUAUCUAGCAAUAGAACACGGCUGUUCCGCACAUUCUGCAUGGACCCCCCUAAACAUGGACACGGUGAAACAGCUGUCACUCAACUCCCGCCAGACACUACCACGGCUCCGUCUCCCGCUCAGACGGCUGCACGGGCACACGCCGUCCAGCAUAGUUACUUAAGCCUCACUCAGGAACCAGGAUGCGGCUCGUGUUGCUCCCGAUGCGCCGUGAAGACCACGUUAGGCAGGCGGAGCUAAAGGCUGGGCACUAGAGCACCAGCAGGCCAAAGCAAAGUCUUCAGGUCUCAGACACAGUUAGUCAUCACAUACCCGUUGGAUUCGGAACAACCAUCCACCUACACACUCCAGGAUAGGGUGAACUCCACCGCGGAGACGUUGAGUCCACAUCCCGACCCCACAGCCAGUCCUCCCGGUGUAGCGUUUCAAACGGCAGAGAUCGACAGUCCCGUAUGCCACCUGGAUGCCUACAUUUACAUAUGUACAAGCCGGCAGCAUAAAAAUUAGGGGCUGUUAUUCUGUCUGUCAAAUGUUUUUGAAAUCCAGUUUAAGCUGCGAUGCUAUGUGUAUUAUGUAAUAUAUUCAGGUAAUGAUAAGCAGGGCCUGGACAUUUCUUGCUGAAAGAAGAGGACUGGCAAGGAGAACAUUCACUUUGUACAUACAUUAAUAUUUGUUAUUUCAGCCCAGCCUGUGUUGCUUAGUUCAUUCAAAAGGGACUCGAGGAGAGGGAGGUUGAUCCCAGUUGAUCUGUGGUUAGACCGGGCUCUCUUUAAGAAUCUGUACGGAGGCGUUGUAAGGAGAAUUGACGAGAGCAUCGUCAUUGUCGGAAUGGUUUAGUAACCUUUCCCAUCAUUUCCCAGAGCUGAACUCCCAAAAAAAUCCUCAGGAAAAAAGAAAUCCCUGAAAUGACGGAGGCUAUUUAUCUUUUUUAGAAGACAUACGGUAUUGCAAAUACAAUCCUUAGCCCUCACUAACAAUAAGUGCCCUGAGAAGUUGAUUGGAUGUGAAACAUGUCCCCAUCAAUGCACUCAUCGGACAUGACUAUGAAAUAGAUUUGUAGAAAAUAUCUUUCCACACUUGCAUAUGGGGUGUUUUCAAUGUUCAGGUCAGAUUAGAUUCACUUAGUCACACAUGGACGGGCUGUCUCUGCCAAUGCUGUUAUGCCAUAAAAGAGUCUUUCUGCCUGUCCUCUUCAUAUUUACAGCUGUAAUGGUCAUUUUAGCCCUCGUUAAAACGGCUGUUCUGCAAACCUUAAAGUGUUACUGAGUGUAAAUGUGCACUGUAAAUUCGUCUGACUCUUUGUAAAUUAAACUGUUUUACUGAA